CCCCCCCACCACUGAGUGAGGAGUUGAGGGGUCUUCCUCGCCGCUGUCGCCCUCACAAAUCGCGUGUUGAUUAGCGGAGCGGAGAGACCCUCGCCAGCACCACCAGAGAAAUCUCCCGGCUCUCGCCAAAUUAACCAGUAACUCGAGGCGGUGAUUCAGAUCGUCAGGGGAAGGAACUCCGGGGAGCAUCACCACCAUCACCACCAUCACCACGACCCUCACCAUCACCACGACCAUCACCACGACCCUCACCAUCACCACAAUCACCACGACAAUCACCACCACCACCACCGCCUCCCCAUCAAAAUUCCGAAUCAGGGACCAGAAUCGAAGCAGGAAUCGUGCAGAAUGGAUGAGAAUCACGGCGACGGGGGGACCGGACCCCUCCGGGAGGGGCCCCCCACGGGGGGAGAGGCCCCCACGGGGGGAGGGGCCCCCACGGGGGGGGGGACCCCCACGGGGGGGGCCCUAAGGGGGGGAGCCCCCGCGGGGAGCCUCGCGGGGGUACAGAAGGAGGCGGAGCUGAGGGCUCUGGGCCAGCGGACGGGAUACAGCAUCGUGCAGGAGAACGGGCAGCGCAAGUUCGGGGGCCCCCCACCGGGCUGGGAGGGCCCCCCCCCCCAACGAGGCUGCGAAGUCUUCCUGGGGAAGCUGCCGCGGGACCUCUUCGAGGACGAACUCGUGCCGGUGUGCCAGAAGAUGGGAACGAUCUACGAGAUGCGGAUGAUGAUGAACUUCAACGGAGACAAUCGCGGCUUCGCCUUCGUCACGUUCACCAGCAGGCAGGAGGCACAGGAAGCGAUACGCCAGCUCAACAACUACGAGAUCAGGAAGGGCCGCCUUCUAGGGGUGUGUCCCAGCGUGGACAACUGCCGCCUCUUUGUGGGCGGCAUCCCGAGGGGCAAAGGUCGCGAGGAGAUCCGUCAGGAGGUGGCCAAGGUCACGGAGGGGGUGGUGGCGGUCAUCGUCUACCCCAGCGCCAGCGACAAGGCCAAGAACCGUGGCUUCGCCUUCGUGGAGUACCGCAGUCACCGCGACGCGGCCAUGGCACGCAGGAAGCUCCUGCCUGGUCGUAUCCAGCUGUGGGGCCAUCCAAUAGCGGUGGACUGGGCAGAGCCUGAGGUGGAGGUGGACGCUGAGACGAUGGCGAGCGUCAAGAUCCUCUAUGUGAGAAACCUCAUGCUGGGCACCACAGAGGAGACCCUCCUACAGUCCUUCAGCAUCACGCCUGGAGCGGUGGAGCGAGUGAAAAAGAUCCGGGACUACGCCUUCAUCCACUUCGGCAAGCGGGAGGAAGCCCUCAAGGCGAUGGAAGUGAUGAACGGGAAGCACCUCGACGGCUCUCCCAUCGAGGUGACGCUGGCCAAGCCGGUGGACCGCGAUAGCUACGUCCGCUACACACGCGGAGCGGGCAGCCGCAGCUCCAUGCUGCAGCAGGCCCAGGCCGAGUGCUUUGGCUUCUACAGCGUCGGGGGCAGCGCUGUUGGGGGCGGGGCCCUGGGGGUGUUCGACUCCUCCCCCACGGGAGGCCCCUCCCCCUACCUGGGCCCGCCCGUCUACUACACCACGGCCCCUCCUCCCCCCCACCACCACCACCACUACGGGGGAGGGGGCGUGGCUAUGGGGGGAGGGGCGCACCCCCACGUGGUGUCCGGGGUGGGGGUGGCCGCUGCACGUGGGCAGGGGAACUGCAGGGGGGGGGUCCUGGUGGCUCGCGCGCUCAGAGGAGCUGCAGGCUGUCGGGGUCUCGCCGGAGGCCGUGGGGGCUACCCCCAGGUCCAGGGGUCUGGAACGGGGGGCACGGGGAGAGCCUCUCAGGGGGGUGGAGGGGGUGGAGGAGGGGGUGGAGGGGGUGGAGCUGGGAGGGGGUCACGUGGGGGUCGCGUGGAGCCGCGCGUCUUUGACCUCCUGCCCGGCAUGGAGCUGACCCCGACGAAUCCUGCAUCAGUGCGCGUGCAAGGAGCGGCUCGGAGUCCCACACAGCUUCUAGAGGAGCUAUGCCAGACUAACAGCUGGGGACAGCCGAUCUACCAGCUGCACUCUGCCGUGUCUCCAGACCAGCGACAACUUUUCCUCUACAAAGUCGCAAUCCCGGCACUCGCAAGCCAGCUGGCACACACGCACCCGUUCCAGCCCAGCAAGUUGUGUGUCUCUGUGGAGGAGGCGAAGUUGCUGGCGGCAGACCACGUGGUGCAGACGCUAUGCAUGCCGGGAGGCAGCGUUGGCCACGCCCUUCCGGGGGAGGCCGACCACGUGGUGCAGGCGCUGUGCAUGCCGGGAGGCAGCGGUGGCCACGCCCUUCCGGGGGAGGCCGACCACGUGGUGCAGGCGCUGUGCAUGCCGGGAGGGAGCGGUGGUCACGCCCCCCCUGGGGAGGCCGCGGGAAACUUCGCGGGUAUGUGAGUGUGACGUCAAAAUCUCGGAUCGUUCGCACGACGACGUGGUGACAACUUACGGUGCCACGUGCUGCUGCUGGUGAUUGUGAUGUCACCAGGCGCCAUUUUAUUGGUGUGGGGGGGGGGUGUAGACGACCCCAUUGACGUCACCACCAUGUCCUUACCCCCCCCCCCCAGUGUGACGUCACAAUCGCGGACUGUUCGGUAACAACUCAUGGUGCCACGUGCUGCUGCUGCUGAUUGUGAUGUCACCGGACGCCAUUUUUGGGGGAGGGGGUGGGCUAUGCCAGUGAUGUCAUCAUCCCACCCCCCCCACCCCCAUUGUGACGUCACAACCUCGGAUCGUUCGAUGCGUGCUGUGGAAUCGUCUAAGAGUUUGGUAAUCGCCGAUCCGAGCGUUCGGUUGCGUCUUUAUGCUGUGAAAGUUGUCGUCGUUGUUGUUGUUGAUGUUAUUAUGUUGACCAGUUUCACAAGACAAGUGCCAUGUAACAUUACAGUUACAUUGUUAUUAAAGACAGUGCCAUGUAACAUUACAGUUACAUUGUUAGUAAAGACAGUGCCACAUUACACUACAGGGUGUUUCAAAAAGGAUGGACCCGAUCUGAAAUCGCAAAAUCUCUGCAACUACGAACCGCUCAUGAAUUAAACUCUUACCACUUGAAAGGGCGGGAAAUAGAGUUUCAAAUGAUUACCGCUCGAUGCCUCUCCCAGCGCACAAACAGCCUCUAGCCUCAGUCGUUCACAAGGCGGUGACCCCCGCAAUGCAAGGGGCGAUUUGCGUUCUGCAGUUCGGCGAGACUGAAUCCGUAAUUGCGGUGCGGCGUGCGUUUCAACGGCGUGUUGGCAUUGAUCCGCCAAUGUCGAAGCGCAUGGUGGCACAAGAGACGGUGGUGUUUUUGUGCCACCAUUAGCGACUAAUCUGGAUGACCUCAAAAACAGAAUCACGGCAGCGGUGACUUCAGUGGAAGAGACACUUUGAGAGGCGUUUGGGACGAAUUCAACUAUCGUCUCGAUGUUGUCCGUACAGCAGGUGGAGGGCACUUAGAGCAUUUAUAAACUGGUUAGUAAAACUUGAUAAUUUUUGUGUAAUUGUAACAUGUUGCCAUCGAGAAAUAUACUGCUUUUAAAUUGGGUCCAUCUUUUUGAAACACCCUGAAAGCAAUCUUGAUUUGAAGCUUUCGUGACUGCAGGAAUCCAUACUCUUUGGUUCUUUCGGUAAAGUCACGUAGGUAGAAUAAAAUAAAAUAAAACAAAUCGACGUUUUAUAGUAACAUUGUUAUUAAAGACAGUGGCAUGUAACAUUAUAGUGACAUUAGUUUUAAAGACAAAGCCAUCAUAGAUUUUGUAUCAGUCACGUUGUAUCUCCAUGUUCACCGCAAAGUACCGCUUGUGGUAUUUGACCACCUCAACACAGCCCCUGCCGUGUUGUUUAACAAAAACAAUUUGUCAAACAACAGCGAGUAGUCUAUUACACUGGUCAACACACUUUUUCUGGCAUAAGGUAUUCCAACGGGUUUAAGAUAAUUUUGGGGUGCUGAUUCCAAAUCUGGCAUCAGUUUUUGUCUAUCACAUCAGGUUUUUGAGAUAUCAAAUAUUGCAUUUUCAAUAAAAACUGCAGAAGAAAAAUAUUAAAUAAAUGUGGAUAUCUACAUAAAAUUAUAUUAUAAACACACUAUCCUAAAAAUACAGCACCAUAUUUUAACACUAAAGCAGUCACUGACUCGCAACAAUUUGCAAUCAUAAGUGACAGUUAAUUUUGGGUAAAAUCAAUGAAAAUGGGGAAUGCCGAUAGCAUAAAAUUAGAUGUGAUUGAGCAAAUCUGAGAUCAGAUUUGGAAUCAGCACCCUGAAAUUAGUCUAAAACAGCUGCAAAAGUCCAGACCAGAAAAAAAUGUUUUUUUUGUUGACCAGUGUUAUUAUUAUUGUUUUUUGUAUUUCAAAGCUCUUAUAGUGGCAACGGCGAUGCCGAACGUGAUGUUGCGUUGAUGUUUACUCGGGCGACUUUCAUUUCGUAACAGAGGUGGGUUUUUUUUUGUUCCCUUGUUCGGUUUGAUCAUCGCGGAAAUGUGAAAAUGUCGCGUCGGUCAAAACCCGCCACGCUGCCCGACACGGCCAACUCAGUCAUUCGCUGCUAGUACAGCACUAGUGUAUAGUGUAGUGUAUAGUUUAGUGUAUAGUGUAGUGUAUAGUGUGUAGUGUAUAGUGUGUAGUGUAUAAUGUAGUGUAUAAUGUAGUGUAUAGUGUAGUGUAUACUAUACAGUGUAUACUAUACACUACACUCUACACUACAUUUUACACAAAACUAUACACUACAAUACACACUACACUACACUAUACACUACAAACUGCACUAUACACUACACUAUAAACUGCACUAUAUACUACAUUAUACACUACACUAUACACUACACUAUACACUACACUAUACACUAGUGCUGUACUAGUGACGAAUUGCCAGCUUCUGUUUACGUGACACUCAACCCACAUUGACUGAUUGGCUGUGUCGGGUGGUGGCGGGUUGCACUACGACGACACAAACAUGUUUUUAUUGACGCCAUGAAACCCAGCAGAAGCCGCUCUGUAUGGAUGAUGUUGGUAGCGAAAGCCACCGAUGUGAUGGUAAAUGUUGUGGAUUUUCUUUUGAACACACCGGUGUGCUGUAGUAGUAUACUACACUAUACACUACACUACUACACUAUACAUACACUAUACACUACACUAUACACUACUAUACACUACACUACUACACUAUACACUACACUAUACACUACUAUACACUACACUAUACACUACACUAUACACUACUAUACACUACUACACUAUACACUACACACUACACUAUACACUACACUACUAUACAAGACACUAUACACUACAAUACUAUACACUACACUACUAUACAAUACACUAUACACGACACUAUACACUACACUACUAUACACUACACUAUACACUACACUAUACACUACUAUACAAUACACUAUACACGACACUAUACACUACUAUAUACUACACUACUAUACACUACUAUACAAUACACUAUACACGACACUAUACACUACACUACCACCACCACACCACCACCGCACCACCACGUGACUGUGACGUCGCGAUUGACGUAGAAUCUCUCCCCCGGGGAUGCAAAUUGAUGGUCCCCCCCGUCACGGUGAUCGUGACCCCCCCCCCUCACCCACCCACUCACCCCUCCACUCACCCCUCCACUCACCCCUCCACUCACCCCUCCACUCGCCCACUCACCUCUCAACUCACCCAAUCACUCACCCACUUACUCCUCCACUCACCCCUCCACUCACCCACCCACUCACCCACUCACCCCUCCACUCACCCACUCACCCCUCCACUCACCCAAUCACUCACCCAAUCACUCACCCUUCCACUCACCCAAUCACUCUCACACUCACCCACCCAUCCACCCCCCCCCCCCCACGCACUCACCCACUCACCCCUCCACUCACCCACCCACUCACCCCUCCACUCACCCACCCACCCACCCACCCACUCACCCACCCACUCACCCACUCACCCCUCUACUCACCCACCCACUCACACACCCACCACUAACCAACCCACCCACCCCCCCAUCCCCUCCUC